AUGAACAAAAAGAUUAGAGUUUUAUCAUUAAAUUGUUGGGGAUUAAAAUACAUAUCAAAUUAUCGCAAAGAACGUCUUGAUUUAAUUUCUAAGCGUAUUGCGUCAGAAGAUUAUGAUAUUGUAGGCCUUCAAGAAGUUUGGGUAUAUUCCGAUUACGAGAACAUGAGGAAUAACACAAAACACAAACUCCCUUACGGAAAAUUUUAUUUUAGUGGUAUUUUUGGAUCAGGGCUUGUUAUUCUAUCUAAAUUCCCGAUUGAAUCAACUUCAAUAUAUAAGUAUUCUUUAAAUGGUAGACCAAGUGCUUUUUAUCAUGGUGAUUGGUACGUGGGAAAAGGCGUAGCAAUGGCAACACUAUUAAUGCCUAAUGGAAAAAAAAUUGAAUUUUUUAAUACACAUCUUCAUGCAUCUUACGGAGGAGAAAAUGAUGAAUAUUUAUGUCACAGAAUAUCACAGGCAUGGGAAAUUUCGAAAUUAAUAUCAUCUGCUUUUACAGCAGGAAAAAUGAUAAUUAUUGUUGGCGACUUUAAUUCAAAGCCAGAUAGUAUUAUUUUCAAAAUUAUUUCUUUCAGUGGUUCAAUUUCAGAUUCAUGGAACAUUAACAUAGAUCAAAAUCAGUAUAAUAAAAAAGCACCAAGUCACGAAAAAAUUAUAGAAAAAUUAUGUUUUACAUGUGAUUCACCUAUAAAUACAUGGAGGAUGAAAAAAUGGAAAAAAUCACCAGGGAAAUGUGAAGCAAAAAGAUUAGAUUAUAUAUUUAUAGAUACAUCUUGGUUCAUAGUAAAAUACGUCAAGUUAGCUUUUACGGAAAUAAUACCUUCCUUAAACUGUUCAUACUCUGAUCAUUUCGGAAUUGAUGCUCUUAUUGAAUUCAUGAAUGGUCCAAACAACUCUAAUCCUAAUAAACUUAAAAUUGAAGACUUAGAAAUUAUACAGCAAGAAUUCAAUAACCAUAUUAAUCAAAUAAAAAAAUACUCUUAUUUAAAAGCUAUUUAUUUCUUCAUAUCUAUUAUUAUAACAAUUGGCUUACACAUUUCAGUCUUUUGGCCUCAUAAUAUAUAUAUUACAUUUCUUCUUUUUCUUAUUAAUAGUACUAUUUUCUUGACUUGUAUUUUUAGUCUAUUAGAAUUCAUUUUUAUAUGUUGGGAACUUCGAACACUUUCGGAAUUUCAAGAAGAAAUUUCUUUAGUAAAACAUUUAAUUUUAUUUAGUUAG